GCGACAACGUAUUUCCGGUCCCCAGUGCCGACUCGGUUGCAGGGGGACAGACUUCUCUGGUUCGCUAACUCGGCUGUCCUGGAGGAUUCAUGCGCGUUUGAUAAGGUAACUUUGAUGAAAUCAUGACCAGGUGGGCACGAGUUACUACCACACGUAGCAAGAGACCUUUGGCUGCAACAUCAUGGGAGGACAUGAAGAAGGGGUCCCUUGAGGGAGAAGGCCAAAACCUACCAAAGAGUAAACAACUUGAAGCCAAUAGGCUCUCUGCUAAAAAUGAUACGCCUCAAGCAAAACACAAAAAGAACAAAAAGAAAAAGGAGUACUUAAAUGAAGAUGUAAAUGGAUUCCUGGAAUACUUAAGGCAAAACCCACAGAUGGUUCAUAAUGGAGAGAGAAUAGCAACAGACAGUCAGGAGGUAAGGGAAGAAAUUGCAGUUGCUUUAAAGAAAGAUAGUCGCCGGGAAGGAAGAAGACUAAAAAGACAAGCAGCAAAGAAAAAUGCAAUGGUAUGUUUCCAUUGUAGAAAACCUGGCCAUGGAAUUGCAGAUUGCCCAGCCGCCCUUGAGAAUCAAGAUAUGGGCACUGGAAUAUGUUACCGGUGUGGGUCCACAGAGCAUGAAAUAACCAAGUGCAAAGCCAAAGUAGACCCAGCUCUUGGUGAAUUUCCUUUUGCAAAAUGUUUUGUUUGUGGGGAAAUGGGACAUCUGUCCAGAUCUUGUCCUGAUAAUCCCAAAGGACUUUAUGCUGAUGGUGGUUGCUGCAGACUUUGUGGCUCUGUGGAACAUUUUAAGAAAGAUUGCCCUGAGAGUCAGAAUUCAGAUCGAAUGGUCACAGUUGGUCGCUGGGCAAUGGGAAUGAGUGCAGACUAUGAAGAAAUUUUGGAUGUGCCUGAACCACAGAAACCCAAAACAAAGAUACCUAAAGUUGUUAAUUUUUGAUAAUGAUUAGUACUAUCAUUAGUUACCACCUCAUUGUGAGCUACUCUGAACUGGGCCUACCUCAUAUACUGGAGCUGAGCUCCCUUGGAGACCUGUGUUGUAGACAUCAGUAUGAUGUGCAUAUGGUCAGAUAGUUUCCUGAGUGCUAUCCAUUAAAGAGUGCCUCUAUCACUGGAGAAAAUCAUUGAAGAAAAGUAUAAGAUUUUUAAAUUGGAUUCUCUAAAAGAAUAUUUUUAACAGGUAGAAUGUAGGUAUAACUAAGUGGUUACAUACUUGAUUGUAACAAUCAUCUUUUUCUUAAAAACUAUGCAUUAAUGUGAACCACCCUUAAAGUAUAACUUUUGCGUUUAGAAAUGAAGUUUUGGUUAUACUGUUUUCUUGGUUCAAUAUAUCAAUUUAUUAUUAUAUUAGGAAUUUAUAAGUUGCCACAAUACUGUAUUUUUAAAAUAUUUAAUUCAAAAAUCAUUUGCUAUGUACUUAUUUUUCUGAAUACCUCAUUCUGGAUUGAACUAGCCAUUGUCUGUUUAUGUCCAGGUAAUCCCUUUGGGAACACAAUCUUUUUAUGAAUUCUAGAUGAGAUUAAUUUUGGUUAAUUUUUGUUUUAGUUUUGACAUAAAGAAGCACAAAUUAUUGAGGUAACAUAGAAGAAUACGUUAACAACAGCUCCUUCUUUGUCCUGGAUUUUCAAGAGUGAAAUUCUAGCCAAAAUUAUUUUGGGGUAUUUAACCAGAAUGAUGUUACUUAACAGAUUGUAUAUCACACUUAAUAGCAUUUUGUUCAUGUGUUUUAGAUGAGUCUGGGUGAGAUGCAGGUAUCACCAUAAUAGAGUUAGAAUGCUAAUCAGAGACCCAUUAGCUUCUUUGUUGGAUUUUAUGAAUACAUGCAUACUUAAUACAUGUAUUUCACAAGGCUAGGGCUCAUAUUGUAAUGGAAUGACUCUAGUGGAUUGUGUGUUUCAUUUGGAAUUUUACCUGAUUGGAUACAUUUGUAACUAAAGGAAACAGCUGUGAUUAGUUACUGUAGCUUCAAAAGCAAAAUAUUUACCAAAUAAGAAACACUUUUCUCUGUU